GCCGACCCCGCUGACGGCCGGUUUUCUGCCCUCUCCUUCCUCUCCCAGGUGCUGAUCAUCGGUGGCGGCGACGGGGGAGUGCUGCGAGAGGUGGUGAAACACCCGACCGUGGAGUCCGUGGUGCAGUGCGAAAUCGAUGAGGAUGUGAUCCAGGUAUCUAAGAAAUACCUCCCAGGGAUGGCAGUGGGGUAUUCCAGCGCUAAGCUGACCUUGCAUGUGGGAGAUGGUUUUGAGUUCAUGAAACAAAAUCAAGAAGCCUUUGAUGUGAUUAUCACGGACUCAUCUGACCCCAUGGGUCCUGCAGAAAGCUUAUUCAAAGAAUCUUACUACCAGCUGAUGAAGACAGCCCUGCGAGAAGAUGGGAUUCUUUGCUGCCAAGGUGAGUGCCAGUGGCUGCACCUGGAUCUCAUUAAGGAGAUGCGUCAGUUCUGCAAGUCUCUGUUCCCUGUUGUGGAAUACGCCUAUUGCACCAUCCCCACAUAUCCCAGCGGGCAGAUUGGCUUCAUGCUCUGCAGCAAGAACCCGAACACAAAUUUCCGGGAGCCUGUGCAGCAGCUCUCACAGCAACAAGUAGAGGAGAGGAGUCUGAAAUACUACAACUCUGACAUUCAUCGGGCAGCUUUCAUUCUGCCAGAGUUUGCACGGAAGGCCCUGAGCGAUGUGUGAGACUGAGAAGCUGCUUCCUUCCUUCAAGUUGGACCCUGAGAUCGCCAGUGAUGUGGUUGGGACCUUCCCAGCAGACUGCAGAUUUACUCUCCACUGUGUGGGAUUGUUUAACCCUUUGCCAGCCAACAUUCCCUUUGAUGAUGUGUUAAAGAUGAUGGGGCAUAAGCCAGAUAAGACUAUUGAAAAGGUCCAGUGACUUAUUGCGUGAGGUCAAAACUGUUCUUUCCAGUGCUGGAAACGUAAGAUGUCUUUUUCCUUUCUCUCCUCCCUGCACCCAUUCUAAAUUCUCCCCUCCCCUUGUCCCCUUCCCACCUCCACCCCCUGCAACUGACAUGAUGUAUUUAUAACUGACACCUAUUUCUGUCUGGUGAUCUUCUGAAACCUGGGAAGAGUCCAGAAGGGUCACUGACUCAGCCUUAAGCACAGAGAGCGAGAGCUUUGUGCGUAAAGUUAGCUUGCUCUCUCCUAAUAGGAGCUCCCUGCUGCUGAGACGUUUUGACUGGUAACGGGUCUGAGCCUUCGUGUCCCACUGCCCUUCUGCGACACCUGCACUGUUCUGCAGCACAGUUGGAGAAGUCACAGUGCAAACUGUUGCCAUUCACAAUAGGUCUCCCUCCAACCCUGAUGGAGUAGCAGUAUUAAACACCAGCCAGGCAGGCUGGCAGCAGUCU